AUACAUUUUUGCAUCAACUAGAGCUUCGCCAACUUUUAGUGCGGUACGCCCGCAAAGCCGUAUUUAAUUGCCUAUCAUGAAUAUGAUACCGGUAAUGCUCAUCAUCCAUGCUAUAUAAUCAUGGAAUUUUACAACCCGACUAUAAUAAUGUUUGGCUCGCUUCGCAUAUUUCAAUCAUCCGAUUUGCUGCUCUGGAUACCUCUAUUGCAUCCAUCGUAACUGGCAUAUAUUUCAGAAAGAUGAGGAACCGCAGUCUUAUUGGUAUUGAGAUGGAAAUUUCAUGUUAUGCUAUACUUGUUGCAUUUUGGAUCACUACUAAUUUGGAUAUUUCCCUCGCUUGUGAAACAGGUCUUUUUGAAUUCAGAACGUCCUGCUAUUACUUCUCCCAGGGCACAUCCGACUUCUACUCUUCUAAAUCAUCGUGCGAGGAACUUGGCAUGCGAGUGGUGGAGAUUGAAUCGCAGGAGGAACAGGAUUUCUUGGUGGCGAAGAUCCAAGACAGUGAUGCAUCUGACGAGGAUUACUGGAUAGGGUUAACUGCGAUAACCUGGCUCGAUGGGACACGCCUGACCUACGAUAAUAUUGGCUGGGCUAGAAGUGGUGCUUUCAACGAAGGUGCGCAAUGCUUUCGGAUAUAUGCGGCAUCAUCAUCAUCUCUUUUCAGGUGGUACGACGACGGUUGUUCCGAAACUAACUAUUAUAUUUGUGAAGCGGAGAAAGCUUGUGGUGAAUUCGAAUCAAGUCAUGACCUACAAUUCCAUGAAUUCGAAGGGUCCUGCUAUUAUAUCUCUUCAAAUGAGGUCAACUUCUCAACGUCAAUGUCGAACUGCGAAUUCAUCGGCAUGCACCUUGUUUUCAUCGCAUCUCAAAGCGAGCAAGACAGCAUCGUUGGUAUGAUUGAACUCCUUGAUCACGAAUAUACUAAAGAAUACUGGAUAGGUCUAACAGACUUGGGAUGGGACGAGGACGGCUCUGGCCUGCCAUAUCAUAACUUCGACUCCGAUUCCCCGCACUCCUUCGAUAAUGGCAGAGUUUGUUAUCGCAUGGACUCGGAUUAUCAAUUCAAGUGGCUUGACAUUGAUUGUCAUGAUGAAUAUUAUUCCAUUUGUGAAAAGGAACAAGAAGCAAGCAAUGACCCCACUACACCAGCAACAUCCGUUACAGCAUCAGUAGGAGCUACCACACCGUCAUCAACAAAAACGAGCACAACAGAGAAGGUAACCGCAUCUGAAGCCUCACCUUCAAGACAACCAUUUCGCAAGAAAUCAGCAUAUUUCAAACUUGUAGCUGAUGACAGUGAACUCGAGGACGCUUACGUGACCAGUACGCACCAUGCGAUAUCGACCCUCAUCGAAUGUGCUUUCGAGUGCCUCAACGACACCACGUGUUCUUGUUUCACCUAUAUUGCUAAAGAGGAGAAAUGCUUAUUGGGCAAAUGUAUCGCCGUGUCAUAUCGAGAAAACCGACAGGGAGCUAAAACAUAUUAUUAUAUAUAAUAUAACCGAUGAAAUCAUAGAACACCCCCCGCCACCCAGCGCUCCAUCAAGCUUUUACGAAACACUUUUAAAAGUAUUUUAUAUAUUGGUUAAAUAUGAGUGGCUGACCAGCUCCCCACUUACAUCAUGAUUAACCCUACUGUUCUUGAUUGGUUUAAGAACAUAGGAAGUGGGAAAUUCGGGAACAAGGUGGCACGGGAAUUAUGUAAAAGUACAGUCUUUUGUCUGUCCAGUCCUUUUUCAAAGUCGCGAAGAAUAUAUAUCUC